AGCAGGCUGGCCGGCUGCGGUACCAUUCCACAACGCCUAUAAAUCCACAGCUUCUCCAAGAUUUUCUCAGUUCAGUCGAAUUGAAAAUCUCUGUGUUCCGAUCAAAAUCAGAGGCAGAGAAUUGUUCCGAUGAGGCAAGCGGGAGCGUAUUCCGGCGUGUUGUACUGGAAAACAGGGCCGCACUCGCUGCCGCUGGCGAGAAUCAAGAAGAUCAUGAAGAAGUCCGGCGAGGACGUGAAGAUGAUUUCCGGCGAGGCUCCGAUCGUGUUCUCCAAGGCGUGCGAGCUGUUCAUCGAAGAAUUGACGAGGAGAUCGUGGAUGGUCGCGAUGCAGAGCAAGAAGAGGAUGCUCCACAAAGAGGACGUCGCCUCCGCGAUCUUGGCCACCGAUCUUUUCGAUUUUCUGAUCGGUUUGAUUUUCCACGAAUCCGCCGGCGAGAUUGCCGAUGAAACAACUGUAUCCAUGCCAAUGGAGAUGAGUUUCAGAGAUUUGAGUGCUUAGAAAUUGCAAACUCGAUAUCUCUGAUCUCUGUCUUCCUCCGUAGCCAUUGCAGUUCAAUUCGUCUCUGUGACGGAAUAUGUAAAGUAUGAUUCUGAAACUUGUAAUUCGAUUUCUAGUAAUGAAUUUUCAUU